AUGUAUCUGCCCCGGUCAUUGAUAUCGAAACUAUACAUCCACCUCCAGAGCACGCGUCAUCCCUUGUCACCCCCGGUGCUCAUCCUCGCGGCCCUGGAGCCAGACGCUCUCUGCGGGUGCCGGAUACUGACGCGACUCCUCAAGCAUGACUACAUCCCUCACAAGAUCCAGCCCAUCGCCGGCUACAGCGACCUGGAAAGGGUUGGGAAGGAGCUUGUUGUGCCAAUGAUGGAGAGCAAGGGCGGGAAUGGCGGCAUUGUGGUUUGCCUGGGUGUUGGCGGCAUGGUAGAUCUUGGCCCGCUUCUGGGACUGGAGCAGGAAGGUGAAGAGGCACCCUACAGUGGCGUGGAAGUCUGGGUCAUUGACUCCCACCGCCCUUGGAAUUUGGGCAACAUCUUUGGAGGGUUUCCCCUGGAACCCUCGUCCGAAGGCGGGAGCUCGUACCAGUCGCGCACGCCGAUUGGCAUCGCUGGCGGGCAAGUCGGCCGUGCCUACAAGUCCGGCAAGGGCGGCAUCGUCGUGUUUGACGAUGGCGACAUCGAAGAGGAGCUCGAAACGGAACGCGACGCGUAUCUGGCUUUGGUGGACAUGCCGGACAUUGACGACGACGGCGUUGAAGACUUGGGGUGCUCGGACGACGAGGACGGCACUGACGGAUUGGACCCCAGACCCCCUCAGGCCGGUCAAAAAAGGAAGAGCUGGUCUGACGUCCACGACGGAGACUCCAGCGACGACGAGGAUAGGCCUCACCAACGUCGCCGGAGCAACUCGUCAAGUCCGAUUGCCGAUUCUCCUCGACGUCCCGCGCAUAGGGGCCUUGUUUCGCUGCGGGAUCCUGGGCUUGGCCUUUCCAGCGACCCGAUCGAACCACCCCCGGCAGCCCAGGAACCGCGGCAAGCAUCAGCGCGUACUCUGCGCAGACGACUGGUACGACUGCGCCAGGAAAAGGAAGGCAUACUCCAUCAAUACUACGGGAUGGGCUCAUCAUUCGCGGAGCCCAUUUCUUCCAUGAUGUAUUCGCUGGCGUCGGAGCUCGGCAGAGAAGACAAUGACCUGCUGUGGCUGACGAUUGUUGGUGUGUCAUCCAUGGAGCUUUAUGGCCGUUCGUCAGCCGGUUUGUCGGCACCGGUCCGGGCCAACGACACAAGCAGGCCCUCGGGCUGGAUGGGUGUGCGGGGGUCCAGACUGCGACAGCUGCUUCGCGACGAAGUGAGGCGUCUCAACCCGCCCGAGGUGACCAACGGGCGCGUGGCCCCGGAGAACGCUGGCGUCAUCCCCACGACGGCGAGGAGCCCCGAAGAUACCGGGAUCAGGCUCUCGCCAGAGCCUCGCUUCCUCCUCAUCCGGCACUGGAGCUUGUACGACAGCAUGCUGCACUCGCCCUAUCUCUUCGCCCGUCUCAAAACCUGGAGCGAGGCGGGCAUCAAGCGACUUCACAAGCUACUGGCCAAGAUGGGCGUGAGCCUGGCCCAGUGCAAGCAAAGCUACACGCACAUGGACAUGAUGCUCAAGCGGGAGCUGCGGGCCAAGCUGCUCAAGUACGGGUCGCUGUACAACCUGGACGAAAUGGUGCCGGCGGUCGACACGGACGGCAAGGACCGAGCGGGUGCCAAGGACGGCUGGGGGUUUGUGCGAAGCUGGGGCUGGCGGGCAACGCUGAGCGCGCACGAUGUUGGCGUCGUGGUUGGAGCGCUGCUGGAAGUCGGCAAGCAGGCCCAGGCAGCAGAUGCAUCAUCGGGGGGGGCGGCGGCCAGCCAACUGGGCCGCGAGGUCGGUGUCGAGGACGAAGCAGAGUGCGCCGCGCAGGCAGAAGAAUGGGUCAGCCAGUUCUGGCAAGCCUACGAUGCAUUGGAAAACAUCGACUCGCUCAAAGCUGGGCUUGCUACGGCGCAGUUUCUACAUCGAGCCAUCUACCGCACAGGGACGUCGCUCAUCAACAAGAAGCAGAUCAAGCAUCUACGGGCUUUCCGGUUGUGCGUGGUCAAGGAUGGCCCCGACGUGGCUUUGUUCACACAUGCCGCGGCACUCACAAAGCUGGCCCUGUGGAUUGGCGAGGCCCUGGCCGAGCAGGAAAGGGAAGCCCACGGCAAGCUCUCUCACGGCGGGCGAGGCACGCCGCUGGUCGUCGCCAGCUUGAACGAGAAGCGCGGCGUCUACGUUGUCGUGGGCACGGGCGGAGGCGGAGGGCCGGACACGGCGUUUGUCAACCGAGAAGCCGCCAAGCGCCGAAAGGCAGAGAAGGAAGCCAAGACGAGAGAGAAGGAAGCCCGCCGCCUGGCGCGGGAGAAGAUCAAAGCGGAUAAGCGGGCGGCAAAGCGAGCGGCGCAGCGGGGGCGGGAAGACGGCAACGACGACGACGACGACGACGGCGACGACGACGGCUUGGCAAGCGAAUCCGAAGGGUCCGGCGACGGCGACUCUGACGAAGAGACGGAGGAUGAGAACGCCGAGCCGGCCCGGGGAUACGGGCUGAACAGGUUUGGCGGGGCGUUCCAAGAGGUGGUGUCGGAGACGAACGCGCGGGUGCGCAUCGACAGUUUCGAGCACUGCGUUGCCGAAGUCAAGAAGGAUGAUCUGGGUGGGUUUCUGGAGAGCCUGAGCACCAAGGCGGUUGUGGGGUGA